AGCAAUUCCCAUUGUCAUGGGAGCAAAUAUUGGGACUUCAGUCACCAGUACUGUCGUGGCCCUCAUGCAGGCUGGAGACAGGGAUGAAUUUCGAAGGGCUUUUGCAGGAGCUACUGUCCACGAUUUUUUUUAACUGGUUGUCAGUAGUGGUGCUGCUGCCUGUGGAGGUGAUUACAGACUACCUCUACCACCUCACCAGUAUCACAAUACACUCCUUUAAUAUUAAGAGUGGAGAAAAUGCCCCUGAACUCUUGAAAGUCAUGACACAUCCCUUAACAAAACGUAUUGUUCAGGCUUUAAGCAAUGUUACUGUACCCUCCCGAGACAGUUGUACCUCUCCGAAUCUCUGCUGGACUGAUGGGAACAUGACGUGGACCCUCAUGCAUAUAGUAUAUGAAAAGAACCUUAAAAAGUGCAAACACUUAUUUGUGGAUGUCAAACUCUCAGAUUCAAGCAUUGGACUCAUCCUUCUACCCCUCUCCUUGCUGGUCCUGUGCACAUGUUUGAUCUUGAUUGUCAAGGUCCUGACCUCUGUGCUCAAGGGACAAGUUGCUGCUGUGAUUAAGAAGACCAUCAACACAGAUUUCCCCUCCCAUUUUGCCUGGCUGACAGGCUACCUUGCCAUUCUAGUUGGAGCUGGGAUUACAUUUCUUGUGCAGAGUAGCUCUGUGUUCACCUCUACAAUCACUCCUCUGGUUGGCAUUGGUGUGAUCAGCCUUGAGAGAGCUUACCCUUUAACCUUGGGCUCCAACAUUGGUACCACCACCACUGCCAUCCUGGCUGCAUUAGCUAGCCCUGGAAAUACUUUACAAUAUUCAGUCCAGAUUGCCCUGUGCCAUUUCCUCUUCAACAUAUCCGGGGUGCUUCUGUGGUACCCAGUGCCAUUCACACGCCUGCCGAUCCGUCUUGCCAGGAGCCUAGGAUAUAUCACAGCCACCUACCGUUGGUUUGCCAUCUUCUACCUGGUCUCCUGCUUUUUCCUGAUGCCACUAGCCGUGUUUGGCCUCUCGCUGGCAGGUUGGGCUGUGUUGUUGGGCGUAGGAGUACCCAUGAUCUUGGUGAUUUUCAUAAUAAUGUCAUUGUGGGCCUUUGAGGUUCACCACAUACUGCCCCUGUGGAUGCGCUCCCUAGAGCCCUGGGAUGACCUGGUGACUCGUUUCAUGGACAAAUCCUGCUGGGAUGGUUGCUGCUACUAUGUAGGCAUUUGUUGCAGGGUGGUGCUCUUGCCCUGGAAAUGGUGCUUUUGUGAGAGCUGGCAACUGAAGAGAGAUGAGGAAAAGGUCAAGGAAGUCCCUGACAAUGUCCCUGAGCAGUCUGAAAACACUGAAGUCGUGACUGACAACUCCCAGACUUCAGCCCAAACACAAGAGAAAAUCGAAGAAAUGAAGAUCUCUCAUAGCAGCAUAGCCUUAUAGUGGGACAGUAAAUGAGAGGGGGAAAGAAAAGAUGGAUUAUUUCUUGUUCUACAUGCCCAUUCUCCCUUGAAGCGUGGGCAAGGUAGGGGCAGAUGGUUAGCUAUCUAUCCACUGGAAAAAUGGAGUCACAGACAUUUGGUAUUCCUACCUUUCAUCCUAGAACCCAAAGCAUUGGCAGGUAGGGCUGACUCAGUAUUAGCAGAAACAGUGAUUAAAGCACAAUCCUUAUAAGGGCCACAAUUCUUUCUUACAUGAUUUCUGGCUCACUGAAAGGCCUGGGACAAGAACCAUAGGAUUUUUGCAAGUGAAUCCUGACUAGGUCAGUUAUUUACUCUCUCCAGAAACACUAGAGCCCCUGACCAACAGGACAUGUUUUAAAGCCCGAAACAAUUUUCAGAAGGAAAAAGCCUGUGGAAAGAAUUCCAUUGCUCAAAUGUACAGUUAUACUU